AUGAAUUCAUCGUGGAAGAGCUUGUGUCUUCUUGGCUUUUUGAUUGCCAGUCUUGAGGUGCCCAUUGAAGCAUUCUCGACGAGUUCGCAAACAUCACCAAUCCGAGACCAAUCGGAUCGUAGGAGCUUUGUCACACAAACCUUGGGCGGAAUUGUCUCAGGAGCUGGAAUCCUGACAUCGAGUCCUUCUCCUAGCUUUGCAUAUGAUACAGCCCGGGUCCAGAAAUGGCCAGGAGUGGAAUACUUGGAGCCGUUUUGUGAAUUUCAAUUGGCGAUUCAAGCCGUGGCCAUAGCGGCUGAAGACGAAUCCAAAUAUCCUCUGAUAAAGAAACGACUGGAACAAUUUUUCAAGGGAGCUGUCAUGUCCGAGCGCAAUCUCUAUGCUGGUAUUGCCUUGACAUAUACCAACAAAAUCAAGUACGAUCCACAAGAGCUACCGAAUUAUGUCCAACUGGACCAGCAAGAACGAUUCAAUCUAGUGGAGGAUACCAUGAUCAAUCUCAAAAAUUUAAUGGUGAGCAUUCCAGCCACACCUACUGCGACUUACAACAAGCAAGAUAUUCUAGAUUAUGCCAAUGGAGCCACCGUAUCCUUAAAACGGUGGUUUGCAUUAAUCCCGAAAGAGGACGUAGACAAAGCAAUGAAACUUUUCAUGGUGUCGCGAUUUGCCGACGCCAACAAGGAUGGUAGGGUCGAUUUGGAAGAGUCGGAGGCUAUACCUGAGGAGUAUCGGGAGCUAUGGAAGAAGCGGCUUGGAUUCAUUGGAGCAUUAACAAUUUGA